GUCAGUUCAGUGAGAAGUGUUACGGUGUUUGGGUGCUUUCUCGUUCCGGACACAAAGUUUUUUGACAACUAUUCGAGAUUAUCCAGAAACCUCUUCCAAAGAAGUUUUCCCGGUGUCUAAUGUCCUGUGUGAGAUUCAGUUGUGUCAAAAAAGUUAUUCAAAUUAGUGUCAAAUUGACGUAAAAUAUCCCCGUCAAAGCAAACGUCAAAAAACAGAAUUGAUUGAGUGCAAAAAAAAACCGAAAUAAAUCUUACAGUGUUGACUUGGAUACAAUUAUUCCAAGAUAAUUUCUUAAGGUAAACACACGUGAAAAGUGAUAAAAAGCAAAUGCGGUGUAGUUAAGAAACAUACUUUACUUAUGUGGUAUGUUCUAAGGCAAAUUCAGCAGUGAUUUUUUUUGUAAUGUGAAACAGGCCCUAUUCCCUAAAAAGCAAAAUCAUAAAAAGAACCCAGAAGUGCAGCCCCAAAAAUUGUGGUGAAAGAAAUCAAAAGGCCAAAAACUCUCUAAUUUUUUAUGUGUUUUAUACAAGUUUUCCCGCACUUCCAACUCUAAGCUAAAGUAUUUCCCGAUAAGAAAAGCCAGAGAGUGCCGUAGCGACAUUUACUGAAAGUAAAAUCGAUUUAUUUUCACAACCCCUCGUCUAAAAAGGCAACCACUACUUGUACACCCCAAAAUAUAUAACAAAACACCGUCUCCCUGACUUGGGGGUUGGCCUGGAAGGAAUUUCGGGUAUAUGCCCUCCGAGAUUGUGACACAGGGAAAAACUGUGGAAAUUGUUUUUCUAUGUGAAGAAACACUCUACCUCCAAACGUCGCUGAGGUCACGGAGCAAACUAGAGCCUGGGAUCAAAAUGUUGUUCUAUUAGAUGCAUUGCAAUUGCUUGACUCCAAGACGCGGCAAAAUGGAGAAUCAGCCUGGAGCAGCUUGAAUCCAAUAAGGAUCUGAAGUAGCUUGAAGGGAAUAGUUGUGGAGAAAGCAAAGCUGCAACAGAAGCAACCAAAGGUCAAUCAACCCCAUAUUCCAGUGGAGUAAAAGAACAAAGUGAUAGUUGGUAAACGAAAUACAAGGACGUCAUUUGUGGCCACAAUGACGCUCCUUUGGACGGUGCCCUUGCUCACGAGCCUCGUGAUCCUGCAAUGUCAAGCCUUUGGUGAUAUGCACGCCAGUCCAGCCCCUGGAAUGCACCACAUGGGCUACAGCAAAGAGCCAAAGUGUGAAGAGAUUACGAUACCAAUGUGCCGUGGUAUUGGAUACAACAUGACAUCCUAUCCCAAUGAAAUGAACCAUGAGAAUCAGGAUGAUGCAGGCCUGGAGGUGCAUCAGUUCUGGCCCCUGGUGGAAAUCAAUUGUUCACCGGAUUUGAAAUUUUUCCUGUGUUCAAAGUACGCUCCAAUCUGUUUGGAGGACUACCACAAACCCUUGCCGGUAUGUCGAACGGUAUGUCAGAGAGCUAGGGAUGGAUGUGAACCCAUAAUGCAGAGGUACAGUUUUCCCUGGCCCGAGAGGAUGGCAUGUGAAUCCUUGCCUCUCUAUGGAGAUACAGACAAUCUCUGCAUGGAGCAACCUGACUAUGUGAAUGCUGCUGAAGGAGAGUCUGGACACAAAGAACCAGCUCAGAAGGCUACAAAGAAACCACCAACAUCACCAACUCAGACCCCGGCCCGGGACAGUGGCAAGUGCAAGGGGAAGAAUUCAAAAAACUGCCAAAACACCCCAGGGGAAAGGACAACAAAGGAGUGCGGGUGCUGGUGCCGUCCGCCUCUGAUUUCCCUGGGGAAGGAGACCAUCUGGUACAACACAAGUGUCGCAAAGGUCGGAAGCGUCCCAAAUUGCGCCAUCCCGUGCAAGGGGGCAUUCUUCACGCACGAAGAAAAGGAAUUCGCCGGCGUAUGGAUCGCCCUGUGGUCGGGACUCUGCUUCGUCAGUACAUUAAUGACACUCUCUACUUUUCUUAUCGACACCGAACGAUUCAAGUACCCUGAGAGACCAAUUGUCUUCCUCUCAGCCUGCUACUUCAUGGUGUCCAUUGGAUAUCUAACCAGGGUGUUCCUGGGACAUGAAGAAGUUGCAUGUGAUGGAAGAUUUAUAAGGUAUACUGCAACUGGACCUAGUAGUUGUACCCUUAUCUUCCUUCUAGUCUACUUCUUCGGCAUGGCUUCGUCAGUUUGGUGGGUUGUUCUGAGUUUUACAUGGUUUCUGUCAGCUGGACUCAAAUGGGGCAAUGAGGCUAUUGCCAAGCAUUCUCAGUACUUUCACAUGGCCGCCUGGCUUAUACCCAGCGUCCAGAGUGUUGCAGUUCUGUUGUUGACAGCUGUUGAUGGGGAUCCAGUUGCAGGAAUCUGCUAUGUUGGCAAUAUGUCAACGGAAAACCUGCGAACUUUCGUGUUAGCGCCACUCUUUGUCUACCUGGUAGUUGGAACGACUUUCCUAAUGGCAGGAUUUGUCUCUCUGUUCCGUAUUCGGAGUGUAAUUAAACAGGAAGGAGGAUUAGGGGCUGUAACCAAGGCAGAUAAACUGGAAAAGUUAAUGAUCCGAAUUGGGAUCUUCAGUGUACUCUACACUGUGCCUGCAACCAUUGUUAUCGGUUGCUAUCUCUACGAGGCGUCCUUCUUUGAUGACUGGAUGACCGGACUGACGUGUCCUUGCAUCAACAUGGACAAGACUCGAGAACGUCCUAUCUAUUCAGUCCUUAUGCUCAAGUACUUUAUGGCCCUGGCUGUGGGGAUUACGUCGGGAGUAUGGAUCUGGUCGGGCAAGACCCUAGACUCAUGGCGACGCCUCUGGCGACGGCUAUUUGGGACGCCUGAUCGCAGUGGUGCCAACCAAACCCUUCUCAACAAGAGACCACCUAUUCCACAGCCCUAUGUGGGAUCUACUCUAGGUCCUGGAAGUGCUACUGCUUCCCUGCUCACAACGCCCUACACUCAGGCACCGGGCAGUGUUGCCUCCACCAGUCACCAUCAUCUCCACCACCAUGUUCUCAAGCAACCACCUCUGAGCCACGUAUGACCUGGCGACCUGGGCGCGAUGGCACCCAUCGGGAGUAGUGCGUCUGUGCCACCGCCCGGAUCCAGCUCCGAUCCACGUGCCGUGUCCGUGGUGGUGACGCUGCCGCAGCCGGGUCAGGCGCUCAGCGACUACGGCCCCAUAUAGUUGACCGUGCGACCCACAGAUCAGCAGAAAGCACGCUGGAUCUCCAGCCACUUCAGUCAAGUAUGAUUGGGCAUGUGUGUUUUCGAAGGCUCUCUAGUCUCGUGUUUUUUGUGUGUAUAAUUUAUUUCACUUCACUUCAUAAUCCCCAUAUAGUCUGAAACCUCGUGGUAUUUGCGUGAAGAUAGCCUUUCUUUGGAAAAUUUCGCGUUGUACUAAAAAUAUUAGCCUUUAAAUCCACUUAUUAAGAAUCCCGUAUUCGGUAUUCAUUAAUAACUACGGAAAAAAUAUGGUUAGACACAUGGGGUAUCCGAAGUAAAUAGUUUUAGAACAUGUACUAAAAAUCUCAAAUUGUUCUAAAAAUAUUUAUACACAAAUAUCUGUGGAGAAAUACAAAAUUUCUUGAAGGAUUCCUUCAAGAAAUAGUCAACAACUUUUUAGUACAACGUCAGAAGAAAAGAAAGGACUUGUCCUACGACAUUUCCUCCCACGCGAAGACCACUUUGUUUAUGGGGAUUGAUGAAGGUUGACAAAGGAGUAGCAUAAAAUGAUCAUGAUAGAACGAUGGAGCAUUUCUUUUUGUAAAUAAAUAUAUAAAUAUAUUGCAGUAAAUAAUAAAUUUAAACGUUUUUUAAGAAUUUUACAAAAUUCACAGGUCACAGAUGGGGAUAAAAUGAAAUGUAAAAUAAAAAUAUAUCCCUAAAUUCUUGUCUGAUGACCGAAAACUCAUGGAGAUGAAACUUCGUAAACAACUUUUUUUUUAUAUUUAACUUGUCUCUAUAGUUUUUUUAUUAAAAAAAACAAUUCUAACAAUUUUAUAAGGAACAUUUUUUUAUUUACACAAUAAGAGAAUAUUGAUGAAUAAAAAAUAGAAAAUCCAAAGACUGUUGUCCAUAAUUAAUUAGACAUUUUUAGAGUAGUGAUUGUAAUAUUUAACAAGAUUAAAGAUGAGAGAUAAUGCGUAAUGUGGGAGAACCAUUAAUUUUCUACAUAAAAACGAAGGUAAAAUCACUGCCAGAGACAGUUGAAAAAAAAUUCAGUAAAUUUCAUCAAAAUUUCAAGUUUUAAAAAUAAAUUUUGAGAAAAACUAAAAAUUCAUAAGAGCGCAUUUUGAAAGGAAAUCAGGUGCAUUUUCGAGAGAACUUUUAUACGUAAUUAGAUUUUAACUCAAUGUGAUUAACUUAAAUAAGUAAUAAAAGAAAAUAAAGAAAAAAAAGUUGGAGUGAAAUAAAAGAACAAUAUUGAAAGAAAAAUUUAAUGUGGUAGAGAAAUAUUUCGACGGCAUAUUUAUUCCGAAAAAAAUAAAAAUAAAAUGAAAAAAUUCAGCAAUAAUACUUCUUAGUCAAUCAAAUUGAUUUUCUCUCGAGAAAAAAAUGAUGUUUCUAACAACAAAAGUCUCACAUAUCAGCCAGAUUCUCAUUUUAACGUUCCAUUGGAAAAUAUUCUGCCAUAAAUGUGCCAUUUUUAUGUUACAAUUGUCCACUUUUCUAAUAUAAUAAAAAAAGAAAAAUUAAAUUAUUGUAAAAGAAGGAUGACAGAAGCACCAAUAAUCUUUUUUUUUUAAAGAAACAGAGAAAAAUUCAAAAAAAGAAAAAAAUAUUUAUGAGGAAUAGAAUAGAAGGAAGGGAGUGACGGAAAGAAAUAGCAUUUAAAAGAGAACUAUAUGAAAUUUCUGAAAUUGGAUUUAUGAUUAGAAACUUAAUGGUAUAAAAUUGUACGUAUAAAAUUUAAAAAAAAAGAAAUUAUUACUAAAUAAAAUUUAUUAUCUUACAUGGAGAUAAAAAAACAAAUAUUUGAUUUAUUUAUUGAAAGGGAAGCCGAAUUUUCUCAACUAUAAAUUGUACUAGUUGUCAGUUGAUUUAAAUUUUGACAGCUGUCACUGUCACUGUCAAAAUUUCGGGAAAAAAGGUAAGAAAAAGCUUAAAAAUUAUUAUUUCAACAUUUUCUGUUGUUUUCUUUUUCUAACAAUUGGCAAUGGCAAAUAAAAUAAAAAGACAGCAAAAAAAAAUCUUUUUCUGCAACUCAAAUUUAUUAAUCUAUGUCUUUUGCAACUCUCUUAUAAAUCUUAUCCAUGCUUCUUGUAAUAUUUGUUCUUAGCUCUCAAAACAAUAGGAUACUGCCGUUCUUAACAUUCAAGCAGCUGAACAAUUAAAUCAUAACACUGUACCGACUAAUGAAAUAAUUUAUUUAAUGCAGAAAAAGAACUAAGAAAAAAAAGUGAACAAAUAAGCUUAAUCAUCUCUAUUGUAAGUUAAUUAUGCAACUUAUAAUUGUAACAGAGAAAAAAUAAUUACAAAAAAAAACCAACAAUUUGUAAAUGUAUAGUGAGAAAGAUGAAAAAUGUAACAAUUUAAGAAUAAAAUGACUUUAAAUUAGUGAUUUAGAUUCAAAAUUAUCCAUGUGUAAAAGUGACAAAUGGAAAGAUUUAAGAGCAUUGAAUGGAGAAAUUUAAAAUAAAAAAAGAUGUUCAAGAAAAUUAACCAAUUAAAAUCUGGUUUUAGCAGAUGGACCGUGUAUACGAUAGACAAAAAAAAGAUGGUAUGACGAAUGUGAGGAAACAAGAAAAAAAAACAAUUAUAAAUGAUUUUGAUUGUUUUAAAAUAUUAAACACAGGAAAAAUCAAAAA